UAAAACACUCAAGAUAAAAAUUAACACAAAAGAAAAAAAGACAGUAUGGCAUCAACAGUAGGGAGAGAAGGAAAAACAGCAGGUGAAGGGAUGUCAAUGAAGGAGCAUAUAAUGGAGAAAGGUGCGGAAAUGUUUCAAUCCAUGAAGCCUAUCAAGCAAUUUAGCCAACAUGUUUGCACUUUUGCUCUUUAUAGCCAUGACAUGAACCGUCAGAUUGAGACUCACCACUUUGUCCACCGUCUUAACGAGGAUUUCUGUCAGUGUGCUGUCUAUGAUACUGAUAAUCGUGCUGGUCGCCUUAUCGGUGUCGAGUAUAUUAUCUCUGAUCGCCUUUUCGAGGCCCUUCCUCCCGAGGAGCAGAAGCUUUGGCACUCCCAUCUCUUUGAGAUUAAGUCGGGGCUGUGGGUGAAUCCUCGGGUGCCGGAGGCGGUUGCUAAGCCAGAACUGGACAAGUUGGCAAAGACAUAUGGGAAAUUUUGGUGUACCUGGCAAACUGAUCGAGGUGACCAACUCCCAAUUGGGGAACCAGCUCUAAUGGUCUCUCCACAAGGGGACGUAGCUGGUAUGGUGAAGGCACCUCUUUUACAGCAAAGGGAUGAAAAAUACGGCCUAUCAAGCACCAAAAUAAGUGAUUUAAGGGUUGAUAUCUCAGGCCCGGCUUUGAUUAACCCUAAUGCAGAUUAUUGGCUUAGGCAUGGAAAGGGUUUCGCCAUCGAUGUCAUCACUGCUGAGAUGAAGAAAAUUACCCAAUUUCCGUAAUCUUGA